GGUUGUAGGGGAGUCACAUGUUCAACCAGAGGUCGUGACUUGUGUGGAUGAGUGAAGGGGAGUUCCCGAACAGAUCUGUCGUUUUGUCGUCUAAAAUGCCCCCGAAACUGCGGAAUUUCUGACAAUUUCUGAUCUUUGGAGAAUUCUUGAUGUGUUUUUGAACUUAUCUUAGAGUUUCGUGAACGUGAACGCGUUAAAUUCGUUCAGAUGUAGCUGAACUGCGGUGUGAUGAUUGAGCCGGCGCGGGAAUCAGGCUCGUCCGUCGCUGCGAUCCAGGACAGGACGGCAACUUUGGAGCAAGAGGAGGAAAUCAGACGGCAACAUGAGCGGAGGAAAGUGGUGGCUAACCUGGCGGCUGGAGCCAUCGCAGGAGCCAUCGCUAAGACAACAGUCGCUCCGCUAGACAGAACCAAGAUUAUGUUUCAAGUGUCUCAUAACAGAUUUUCAGCAAAAGAAGCUUACAAAGUCAUCUUUAGGACGUACAAGAAUGAAGGGUUCUUCAGUCUAUGGAGAGGAAACUCUGCCACCAUGGCCAGAGUCAUACCCUAUGCUGCAAUACAGUUUGCCUCUCAUGAGCAGUACAAGAAAAUGUUCAGGGCUUCCUACAAAAAACUAAAGUCGCCCCCACCCUACACCAGGUUCCUGGCAGGCUCCAUGGCUGGAGUGACAGCGUCUGUCUGUACCUACCCACUGGAUAUGGUCAGGGCCAGGAUGGCUGUCACUAAAAAGGCAAAAUACAGCAGUCUUCCCGACUGUUUCGCACACAUUAUCAAAGAGGAGGGUGGUUUGACCCUGUACCGUGGGUUCACCCCCACUAUCCUGGGAGUGAUCCCCUACGCAGGCACCAGCUUCUUCACUUACGAAACUCUGAAGAUUCUACUGGCAGACUUCACAGGAGGUAAGGAGCCCAACCCCAUCCAGAGACUGAUUUUCGGAAUGCUGGCGGGACUUUUCGGUCAGUCGGCUUCAUACCCUCUCGACGUGAUUCGCCGACGCAUGCAGACCGAAGGAGUGACGGGAAACCCCUGUAGUAGUAUACUAGGGACCGCGCGGAUGAUUAUCAAAGAGGAGGGCGUGAGGAGGGGGCUGUACAAGGGACUCAGCAUGAACUGGGUCAAAGGUCCCAUCGCUGUAGGCAUCAGCUUCACGACCUUUGACCUUACCCAGCGGACAUUGCACAGACUUGCCAUGUUCAAAGACACCUGAUGAAAAAAAUUUUUUCCUCCUUUUUUUUUAACAAAAAAUCGUCGGUAAAUGUUGUAUAGAUUUUCUGGGAUAAUAUUUUUGCAUGAUUGUAAGAUUCAAACCUUGGUUGCCUCUACAUAAAAUUCAUAAACAAAUGUCUACAGAAAUGAUAUAUCAAGCUUCAACUAUACGGUGGUGUCUGUUAUGCACAGUGGUGUGCACAUUCCUGUACCCUAGUAUUUAUCUAUUAGUCUAAACGUAUAGGAAUGCACAUCUAGUGAACAGAAGUUGGUCAUCAUGUAUUAUUAUACAUGUACUGUAUACUGGGGAUAACUGGUGUAUCUACAUAUCUAUUCUAUUACAGGAUAUAUGUUUGUGGUCUACUCAAAACCUUUGAAUUAGAAGGUUGAAUGUUAUGCAAUAUAUAGCAAAGGUGAAAAAGUUCCCCCCGUGUAAAAAUGGUACUACCCAGCUGUAUUCUUGGUGCUGCAUACUUGGAUCACAACAUGUCAGAAUACGGGGGGGAUUUUUUGGUUCAUAAGUGUUGGGGAUUUGAGAAUAUGUACCUCGGAAAUCACCGGCAAAAACAUAUAGUUUACUGUGACAAUGUUGGCCAGUAUAUUGUAGAAAGCCACACAUACAAAAAUGUACAUGUAUGUUGAGUGUAGCAGUUUUAUCAGUGGAUGUAAAGAUAAAGUAUAUAGAAAAUGAAUUUUGGAAUGUUGUUGAUGUAAUAUCGCAUGUUUAUUAAAAUAACAAGAUGGAAAA